GUGUUUUUCAAAUCAGUUAUUAAAAAUUGAAACAAUAAUAUAACAUUGAAAUGGAAUAAGUAAAUGACCAUACAAAGACCAAACAUUUCGGGUGAUGUUUGAACAUCCAAAACACCUCCCCUGUGUACAUAUCUGCUGGUUUGUGAUUACGUAUAUUGUAUUACGAUUAAUUACACUUAGGAUAAUAUUUAAAAGUAUUACAGUAUCUAUAUUACAGGGCUAUGUAUUAAUUAGGUCUAGGUGUAAGUCUGCAGGUAAACAAGAUAAACAAAAUAAUGAUAAUAUUAUGGUAUUCACGACAGAGUAUAUUCAAUUUAAUUCUACUUUAGUAUACUAGGUAGCACGUCACAAGUGUGGGCGAUUACCUAUGGUAUUUUCCCCAACUAAGUUUUCAAAUUAAUGUAUGUUAAAUGUAUACCUACUUGUCUUAGUAAUUUAUAAUCAUCAAAAUAUUAUGUAUAUUUAGUCAUACUAUAUUAGGUUAUGCGUUAUCAUCCGUGUUAUUUAACUUGGCGUUAGAUAGUGUGAUAAGGAGAAUCCCACUGCGACAAUCAAUGGAAGUAAAUGAAAAUCACACCCUCCUGGCUUAUGCCGAUGAUAUAAUAAUACUGAUUGAAAUAAAGCAGGAUACUGUAAACAGUAUGUCAAAACUAAUGAAAGUUUGCAAACACAUGGGAUUGGUGGUAAAUCAGGAGAAAAUCAAAAAAAUGUAUAUAACUAGAGAAGUACGAAGCGCUGAAGAAGAAUUAGAUUUGCAGGUCGACGGGAUGUUCUUUCAACAAGUUCAUGACUUUAAAUAUCUCGGGGUCAAUAUAAAUAAUAGAAAUUGCAUGCAUAAUGAAAUUAAUCUUCAUUUAAAAGCUGGUCAUGGAUGUUAUUUUGCUGCGUUGCAUCUGUUCAAAUCAAAAUUAUUGUCUAGGAAAACCGAAAAAACAUUAUAUACCAUGUACCUCAGACCAGAUUUAUCGCGUGUUUUAUUAGUAUCACCCUGUAUAUGACUCAACCUUAUAAACAUUCUACUCUGAAUUUAUGUUCUCUUUUUUUGUCAGUCCAUUAAGAAAUUAAAAGAAAAAAUCGACUUGAUUUAAUUACGAUUUACAAUCGAUCCUGAUAAUUAAAAGUAACACGGUUGUACACGGUAUAAUA